CUCUACAGCACAGAGAUCCAGACAUGGCACCUACAAUCACUGCAGCAAUGACCAAUUCUCAGGAGCAUCUGACUCUGACCCACAAGCUCAGAAAGCCUCUGGUGGAGAAGUUACGCAGAGAGCGAAUCAACAGCAGCAUUGAGCAGCUCAAGUCUCUCCUGAGUCCAGAGUUCCUCAAACAGCAGCCAGACUCCAAGCUGGAGAAAGCAGACAUCCUGGAGAUGACAGUUUGUGUCCUGAGACGGCUGCAGCAGCAGAUUCAACAUGUGGAUUCAGCAGCUGUCGGUCAGGGCUAUUCCAGAUGUGUCCAAGAGGUGACACACUUCCUGUCCAAAGAGCAGGUGAAGACCCAGUCCCAGAGAAGACUGCUGAACCACAUCAACAAGCUGCAGUCUUCCUCUGAUAACAACCUGAGAGAGGCUGACUUCUCUCAUCUGAGCUCCACAGUCCAGACCAGCAUCACCAAAGAGAAGAGUCCAGUCAACAGCGCCGUCUGGAGGCCGUGGUAGACACCUACAGACUGGAGUUACUACCAGACAAACUGAGAUGACCAUAUUGGUCAAAGAUUACUGGACUCAAGUCUUUGAAAUGUUAUGGACUUGUUCUUCUGAUUGUACAGAAGGUUGUAGUUUGUGUUAGUUUUCUUUCUGUAAGAUGACAUUUCCUGAG